GUUAAGUGAACAAAACAAUGAUCUGGGUGGUGACGAAGAUGAGGUUUUAGGCCUAGGUUUGGAGUCUCUGAAGAUUUUGUUGAAGUGGGGGGUCUUUCUGGGGUUGAUGAUUCGUGGUUUUUUUGGUUUUCUGGUGCAAGAGGGUUCUUGCGGUGGAGGAAGUGGUGAAUGCAGGGUACGGUGUGAUUGAGCAGUGGGCAUUGUUGUUGAGGAAUGCAUGGCCUAAGGUUUCUAUGGUUCUUAAGAUUUUCAAAGACCAAGGUGUGAUUCUGAGUGCACUUUAGGUCUAUCUGCAUUCUUCUCAAUGGCAGAGACUUCUAUAACUACACUGUGGCCAUGGAAGGUUUGUGAGCUGGCUGAAAAAGAGUCUGAAGAUGGUUUAUUGUGAAUGCUUCACGGUGAUGUAACCCAGUUGUUGACCACCAUUGUUAUUGGGUGGUCAAUAUUGGAGAAACUGUCAAUAUUGGAGAAACUGCUUUAGUUACAGAUGCAGCAACAACAAUAUUUGCAAAGGCCGGUGUUAGUGCAGCAACUGGAGUAAGAACUACUGAAAGGCAUAGCACCUUUGUUAAAUAAAGAGGGAAAAAAAAAAAACUUGAGUCAGGAAAGAUCUUGUCCGCACUUGCAACAUUCAGGAUUCUUCAAGAGCCAAUCUACAAUCUUCCGGACACAAUUUCAAUGAUAGUUCAGACGAAGGUUUCUCUUGAUAGAAUUGCAUCUUUCUUUUGCCUGGAUGACUUGAAGCCUGAUGUUAUAGAGAGGCUACCAAGAGGUAGUUCUGAUACAGCAAUUGAGAUCAUUGAUGGGAAUUUCUCCUGGGAUUUAUCUACCCCAAGUGUAACUUUGAAAGAUAUAAAUUUGAAAGUGCACCAUGGUAUGAGGGUUGCUGUUUGUGGUACUGUUGGCUCUGGCAACUCCUUGGAAUCAUUGCAGUGAUGUCUCAGGCUGCAUGGCAAGUCUUUUUUGUUUUUAUCCCUGUGAUUGCUACCUCUGUAUGGUAUCAGGUAGUCCUUCUGAACUCAACUAUUUUGUUUUAUCUCAAAUGAUACUUUCAAAUUAAUUUCAACAUUUUUCCUCUCUGAACUCCAGACUUUUGAUCCAUUAUAAUGUUUUCUGCUAUCUGAUUCAAAUGACCUUGCCAGUAAAUUUAUAUAUUGUUGGGUAAUGAGAAGAGAUGCUGCAAGCAUGGCCCAAAGCAUUUAAUUAUCCAAAGCAGGUUAUUAUUUUGCUGUCAUUGUUCUUUACGCUUUAUUUUAUUUCGUUUCUUUGAAUAUUAAAAUGCACUACAUUAGCUCAUAUUAUUGGUUGAAUUGAUGCUGAAAGAGCAAAAAAUGUUAGCUCCAAUGACACAUGGACGAAAAUCUUCAUAUUUGUGCUAAUAUUUCACAAGGUUGUUGAUGGUUAUGUUGUUCAUUUCUAUACUUGCCUUUUGCUUUGAAGUUCCAGAGUUGAGAAUACAUUCAGCCUCAAUUU